AUGAGGGCGGCCACAAAAUUUAUCAGCUCGGCUCUUCUUUUGGCGCUCGCACUGGCGGUGGGGACUGCCUGGGCCGACACGGAACCACGGCAGUACUUCACCGCGUCCCUCACCAUCACUACCACCCAAGACGAAAUUGAAAACCGGCCCGACACCACAUCCUCCGGCGUCCUCUACUACGACUCGACCUACCCCGGCGUCCGCUUUGAGGCGCACACCACCCCCGACCGCGCCGGCGAUGACCCUGACUGGGUUCACAUAUGGAACUACAAAGCGGGAACCAAGUACAUCUUGUUGAAGGAGAGGGGAGGUGUGGAAUGCCUCAACCAGACCGGCACGACCGCGUUGCAGAAGAUUGUGUGUCCCACCUAUCAGUCCUGCGGCACCUACUGCCAACAGGACUGCAUGUCUUACAGCUGCGCCUCCACCUACACGUCAGUCACUCGCCGCACGUGCUACUACAAUGGCGACGGGACUGUGGCGAGGAUAGACUUUGAAGACGGCAAUUACUACUACUCCAACUGGAACUACUACUGGAACCGCCAACGGCUCACAACGUGGACCUUGUCCAACUACGACCUCACUAAACCCUCAUCCGCCCUCUUUGGCCCUGGCUUCCCGUGCGCGCCCAGCGGCAUCUCGGAUUCCGUGUAG